AACAUCUGAUGUUGUUUGCUUAUUUUUCACAACUUUUUCGCUAACAUUUUAGUAAACAUACGCAUUACUUGCCGUUUUGAGAAAAAAAUGAAAUUUUGGUUAACAUAUGUAUAUCAGUGUAUGGAAAGAUGAAUGUUUUGCACGAAUUGAGAGCUGAUGAAAAGCUCAAUACCAAUAUUGAUAAAAAUGCACCUUGGCAUCUUUGGUGUCGCUUAUGUGCAAAGCAAGAUGUAGAUGAACAUAUGAUUACUUCUUCUGGCAAUGGAGAAGAAAACAAUAUCGGUCUUAAUAUUGCUAUUACUAAAUACUUUUGUGUGCAAAUAAAAAUGAAUGAUGAACUGCCAGACCGAUUGUGUACUGAGUGCUUUUCUUUAGUAACGUCUUUGGUGAACUUUAAUGAACGGGUGAUAAAAGUGCAGGAAAUGUAUGAAGCCCUUCAAAGUCGUAGUGACAUUAAAGAAAUAGACUACCAAACGUUACGUUUGAAGUUUGGUGUGCCAAUUGAUGAUCGACCACAUGAGUUUCUAUGUCGUACACUAGAGGUACACUUACAUGAAGAAAAACCAAAAAUAAACGAAUUUGUUGAAAAAAGUUUUAUGGAAGAAGCUGUGAUAGAUAUUUUACCAAAUGUGUGCAACAAAGUUGUUGAAAUAAAGAAAGAAAAUUCAAUUGAGUUAACACCUUCGGCAGAUGAAGAUGCAUACGAUUUUGAAAAUGAAGUUGCUUGUGACGAAGACCCUUUUGGCAGUGAUAGUGAUAUGAAAAGCGAUGAAAAUUCUAGUUCUAGUGAAAGUUCAGUGAAUAGCUCACGAAAAAAACGUAUAAAAGAAAAACAUGACACUGAAAUAGAUGAAACAAAUAUUAAUUACAUUAAAAAACGGAAAAUUAAAUCAAAUGAUGAUUUUAAGCAAGCAGAAGAGAGCGGCGAUGGUGAAUCUAAUGAAAUAUAUACAUGCAAAGAAUGCGCGCAGACUUUUAAAAGAAUCUCUUAUUAUCGCAAACAUAUGGAACGCAAACAUGGACAAGCGGUCGUGUCCAAAUUCACAUGUACCGAUUGUCCAUUUACAUGUAACACCCAAGCACAACUAAAUCAUCAUGCCGUUAAACAUGUGCCCUGCCCUCACUGUCACCGAAAAUUCCCCACUAAGGCAAUUGUGGCAAAGCACAUAAAGUAUGUGCAUAUGAAAGAAAGCUCCUUUAUUUGUGAGGAAUGCGGCGAAGCUGUGCGCUCAGAGGGACAACUUAAACAACAUUUGCUAACACAUACGGAUUAUGCGCCAUUUGAAUGUGACGUGUGUAAAAGAUGCUUUAAAAAUCAAGGGCUACUUAAAAGACACAUGAAAUCACAUAUUCCAAAUAAGCACAUUUGUGCCGAAUGCGGUUUGCAAUUAAACUCGAAAACUACAUUCAACCGUCAUUUGUUGGUGCAUUCCGAUGUCAUGCAACAUAAAUGUGACUUUUGUGGACGUGCAUUUAAGCGUGCAGAGGCACUAAAAAAUCACCUUAUUCUGCAUACAGGUCUCAAACCCUAUUUGUGCGACUUUUGUGAUAGAAGGUUUGCCAACUGUGCUAAUUGUCGUACGCAUAAAAGAAAAGCACAUCCUGAAGAGUUAGCCGCUUUGGAAGCUUCUGGAGAAAAAUCAUAUACUAAAAAUGUACCGAAAUUAGCAGUACUGAAGUCUGUCAUACGUGCGGCUGAUAAUCUAGCGCCCGUUGUUUCAAAACAAAGUGGAAAUUUCGCUUUCGGCAAGAAACCCAAACUGCCACCAGACAGCGUGGGCACUGUUAGUAAAAAACAAGCCAAAAUGCUCAAACAAGCCAUGACAACGCCAACGAAUCCUGCAUCUAUCACGCCUGGCAAUAAUAAUGCCAAUCAUGGAAUACUUGAAACGAAUAACCAGCGUUUGGACGAUGAACAUAACUCGUUUGGCAGAAAUAUACCCACAUUCGAUAAUAUAUACAAUCAUCUAAUGAUGCAAACUGCCACCAACAGUGGUUAUGCUAUGAACUCUCCCUCCACAAUGAAUCCCACGCACACGGAACUGAAACGCUCACACAGCGAAGACUCAUCACCUGCUAACAACAGUUGUGAAGCUAUUGACACAACAGAUGUCAUUGCCCAGCAGCAAACGCCGCUUAAUCAGCAACAGCAUUACGAAAGUCAUAUCUCUCAUCACACAGAAGAGCUCUCCACAGCAUCAGCAAGUGCAGCGGAAGCAAAUAAAUUUUAUAGCCACAUAAGACAACAGACUCCAGAUAGUUAUCUUUAGAUGUCACUUGAUAGCAAUAGCUAUUUACAUAUACUUAAACGAAAAACUAACAAAUAUAAUAAAAUGUAUAAUUUUUUAUCGUAAGGCAUUGUACAUAACAAAAUUAUAAGCCAAACGUUUUAAAUAAAUUUUGAAGAAAAAUAAAGAGUGCGUUAAUCAU